AUGGAUAAUACAAACAAGUUCGAGUCGUCUGUCACUUUAGUUAGUAAACUUGAUGCUAGUGAUCCGCUUUAUUUGCAUGCCAGUGACUCUAGUGGUCUUACUGUGGUUAAUAUCAAGUUGAAAGGAACAGAAAAUUAUGUGGUGUGGUCAAAUGCUAUGCAACUUGCUUUAAUGGCUAAGAAUAAAUUAGGGUUUAUUGAUGGGUCUUGUAAAAAGUCAACUACAGAUGAUGUCUUAGCUAGUCAGUGGGAUAGGUGCAAUUCCAUUGUUCUUACUUGGAUUUUAAACUCUGUCUCUGAUGAACUGUAUGUUGGUCAAGUUUACUCUAAACUUGCCUCUGAGGUGUGGGAUGAUCUUAAAGAAACUUACAAUAAAAUAGAUGGCUCGGUUGUUUUUGAUUUAUUUCAAAAAAUUAACUCUGUCAGUCAAAAUGGCACUAGUGUCUUUGAAUAUUAUCACAAAAUUAAUACUAUGUGGAAACAAUUUGAUGCUAUGUUGCAACUGCCUUCUUGUACUUGUCAAGCUUCUACUAAGUUCAAUGAGUUUAAUCAUUUAAUUAAACUCAUGCAGUUCUUGAUGGGAUUAGAUGAUGUUUAUCAACCAGUUAGAACAAAUCUUUUAACAAGAGAUCCUCUUCCAACUGUCAAAACUGCUUUUUCGAUAAUAUCUAGAGAGGAAUCACAUAGGGACUCAAAUAGUUCCUCUAAGGUUCCUAAUGUCGGGUUUGCUGCUAAAACUAAUCAAUUCAAUGAAAAUAAAAAACGUUUUUCCAAAAUUUCUAAUCCCAACCUGAAGUGCACUCACUGUAAUAAAAUAGGUCAUGUGGUUGAUAAAUGCUUUGAGCUUCAUGGUUACCCUUCUAAUUUUAGACCACGACCUAAUCAGAAUAACAAUCAAUGGUCCAAACCUAAUAUCUCUGCUAAUUCUUCUAUAAAUAGUACUGUUAGUGACAAAUCUGUUAGCAGCAAUUCCUUGAACUCUCUUACUUCAGAUCAGUUCACUAAACUUCUAGACUUGCUUAAUGAGAAAAAGACUGACGAUGCGCCUAAGACAAAUGUUGGAGGUAAAUGUCAUAAUGUGAUCUCAUCUCUAGAUUGUUACAAAAAGUCUUAUUGUUUUAACAGUAAAAUUUGGUCACAAAAUAAUAUGAGUUGGAUUAUUGAUUCUGGUGCUAAUCAGCACAUGAUCAUGUCAAGUGAAAAUAUGUUUAAUAAAGUUGAUGUUUCUGAUUAUAACAUAACGGUCAAACACCCUAAUGGUACUGAUGCCAAGGUCACUAUAAUAGGGUGCUACAAAUUAUCCAACUCUGUUAUCUUAAAAGAUGUCUUUGUUGUCCCUGAAUAUUGUGUCAACUUAAUCUCUGUGCAUAAAUUAGCCAAGGAUAAUCAUCUUAGGGUUGUGUUUGAUGAAGAUACUUGUUAUAUUCAGGAUUCGUACUUAAAGAAAACCCUGGUGACUGGUAGACAAACUGAUGGUCUUUAUUUCUGUGGUAAUUCUUUCAAUUCUGUGAUUGCCUGUUUUAAUAAAGCUGAAACUAUAAAGCUCUGGCACUCAAGACUUGGUCAUCCUGCUGAUCAAGCCUUAAAUGUUUUAAAUCUUAAAUCUGAUAAAGCUAAUAUUGAUCCUUGUGAAGUUUGUCAUAAAGCAAAACAACACAGAGUCCCUUUCCCUUUAAGUGAACACAAAACUUCUAGAGUAGGUGACUUAAUUCACUUAGAUGUUUGGGGUCCCUAUAAGGUCUCAAGCAUAGAAGGCUUCAAAUACUUUCUCACCGUUGUAGAUGAUUAUUCUAGGGCCGUUUGGGUAUAUCUAAUGAAAUCUAAAGUUGAAGUUUUUGAAAAUAUCCAAAGUUUUUAUAAUCUUGUGAACUCAAUUUGA